AAAAAUAUAUCGUUUUUUUUGGCAAAAAAUGAUGGAAAACAAGUAAAUAUGAUUCUUUCUUUGGCACAUUUUUGUGAAAUUCAUGGGCCAACAGCUAUUUUCUGUACACAAGCAAUUUCUUCACAUCAUGAGACUUCCUUUGUAGAUUUUAUGGAAGAUAACAAGAAUGGAAACAGCUCGGAAGGUGUUCUUUUAAGGGAAGAAGCAUGUGCUUCUUGUCAAUUUUCAGUUCCAACAGAUUUAACAGUCCAUAAAAACGGGUUUCCUAUUUUAAAGACCCAAAGUUCAGAUCAUAAAGUGUUAUAUAUUUCUACUAGACGUCCAAUAUUUGUUCAUGAGAAUUCAGCGUUAAAACAUGCCUGCGUUCGUAGUUUAUCAUGUGAACUUUUACCAGGAAAAACAGGUCCUAUUUUGUUUGGGGAUGCAACAUUUGGAUAUACUAUUGCAUAUGUUUUUAGGCUUGCAGAUCCAUAUGCAAGAGGAUUAAAACGGUGGUACUCAUUUAUAUGUUUAAUGCAGAACCAAACAAAUUUAUCUCGAGCAUGGAGAUUUAUUAUUGAAAAAUUUGAAAUUUUAGUUCAUCGUUUAGAUACUAAAUCAAAAAUGGUGUUAGUUGGCAUUGAUGGAGGAAAUAUACAAGGAAAUAGUGUUGAAGUUAAAAGAAGUCCUGAAGGAUUUUUGCGUAAAUACGAUAGCUCUAGUAUGCCUCAAAGUCUAGCAAAGUUAGUUGAUAUGCAGGAUAUUUUUGUCCAAAUUCAUGCAAGCUUUGCAUGGAUACUUUCUAUAUGGGGAAUUCAAUUUGAAAGAUCAAGUAAAAACAAUUAUUCUGAAUUUAAAAACUUGAUAGAGAUGAAACCAAGAAAAGAUGAGUCGGAAAAAGGAGAGAAAACAUAG